GUUCCCCUUUUUUAUGAAGUUUUUUUCUAUUUCGCAAGUCCGUUGUAUCCAGCCGGCGUGUUUUUGCGGACGUACCGGUCUCGUCAAACAACAAAUUAAAAGAAAAGCCAACCAGGUCUGAUAAUGGAGUUUGCAGAAUUGAUAAAGACACCCAGGGUGGAUGGGGUUGUCCUGCAUCGGCCUUUCAUGCCCACUGUGGAGGGGACCCUGUGUUUGACUGGCCAUCACCUGAUUCUCUCCUCCAGACAGGACAAUACAGAGGAGCUGUGGCUGCUUCACUCAAACAUUGACUCUAUAGAAAAGAGAUUCGUGGGGUCUCUGGGAACCAUUAUAGUCAAAUGCAAAGACCUGAGAGUGAUCCAGCUCGACAUCCCUGGCAUGGAGGAGUGUCUUAACAUUGCCAGCUCUAUUGAGGCUCUGUCUACGCUUGAUUCAGUCUCCUUGAUGUACCCUUUCUUCUACCGACCCAUGUUUGAAGUCAUAGAAGAUGGCUGGAAUUCAUUUCUUCCGGAGGAUGCCUUUAAAGAUUUGGAGUCCAUGACAGACGAGUGGAGACUGAGUGACGUCAACAAGGACUUCAGUGUGUGUCCAUCGUACCCCCCUCUAGUGGCAGUGCCCAAAGAUAUUGACGAUGACACACUGAGGAAAGCAGCGACCUUCCGCCACAGUGGCCGUUUUCCAGUACUUAGUUACUACCACAAGAAGAAUGGCAUGGUGAUGAUGCGAUCAGGGCAGCCUCUGACAGGCACCAACGGGCGCCGGUGUAAGGAAGACGAGAAGCUGAUCAAUGCCACCCUGCGGCCAGGCAAACGGGGCUACAUCAUUGACACACGCACUAUCAAUGUUGCACAGCAGGCCAAAGCUCGAGGUGGAGGAUUUGAGUCUGAGGCUAACUACCCCCAGUGGAGGAGGAUCCACAAGGCACUCGAAAGGUCCAAUGUCCUCCAGGAGAGCCUGAUAAAGCUGGUAGAGGCGUGUAACGACCAGUCACACAGUAUGGACCGCUGGUUAAGCAAACUAGAGGCUUCCAGCUGGCAGACUCAUGUCAAAGAGAUCCUCACCACUGCCUGCCUGGCUGCCCAGUGUAUCGACAGGGAGGGAGCGUCAGUGCUGGUUCACGGUACAGAGGGGACAGAUUCCACCCUGCAGGUCACAUCCUUGGCUCAGAUCAUCCUUGAUCCAGCCUGCAGGACCAUUAGAGGCUUCCAGGGUCUGGUGGAGCGGGAGUGGCUCCAGGCGGGUCACCCGUUCCAGCAACGCUGCGCCCAGUCGGCCUACUCCAACAGCAAGCCUCGCCAAGAGUCUCCUGUCUUCCUACUCUUCUUGGACUGUGUGUGGCAGAUCCUUCGCCAGUUUCCGUGCUCCUUUGAAUUCAGCGAGAGCUUCCUGGUUCUGCUCUUUGAACAUGCCUAUGCUUCUCAGUUCGGCACCUUCUUGGGCAACAGUACAGCUGAGAGAACUAGACUCUCUCUGCCUGAGAAGACUGUAUCCCUGUGGUCAUGGGUGAAUCGGCCCCAAGAAUUGGAGCGUCUGACCAACCCGCUCUAUGAGGCCAACAGUCUCGUGAUCUGGCCCUCCGUGGCCCCCCAGAGUCUGCUGCUGUGGGAAGGAGUGUUCCUUCGCUGGAACCGCUCCUCGAGGUGUUUGGACGAAGCCUACGAGGAAAUGGUACACAUAAUUGAAUACAACAAGGAGCUUCAGAACAAAGUAAACAGCCUGCGCAGACAGCUGGCCCAGCUGGAAACUGAAGAUCCUCUGCUGCAGACACCAUAGUGUGUGAGAGAGAGUGAGAGAGAGUGAGAGAGAGUGAUAGAGAGCGAGAGAGAGUGAUAGAGAGCGAGCGAGAGAGAGAGAGCGCUGCAAAGGGAAGCGAGAUGGAAGAAAUAGGUAGAAAAUGUGAAAAUAUGAUCAUUGUCAGCCCUGUUUUAGGCUUAGGUUAGGUUUAAAUGUUUUUCAGAUGUUUGAGAAUAUCCAAACAAUUAUAAUUUUGGAUUUAGUACAUGAUUGUUGUUACAUUCUGGUGUCCUGCACAGAAAGAUGCAAUGGAAAUUCCCAUAGCAGAAAUGAACUUCAAAAUCAACCUUUCUUCAAUUUUGCAUUCAUGCACAGUUUACAUAUCAGAAAGGACUGAACGAGUGCCCUGACACUUACAUACAGAGAGAAACAUAAAAUUGUAUCUCAUUUUACAUUUCACAUUCAAACUAAGCCGGAUUCAGAGUACUAUUUCUCAGAGUGCUGCUAAUAUAAGCCAAACACUCAUCAUCUCAUAGUCCUCUAAUGUAGAGCUGACAUGAUUAAUUGAUUAAUAAAUUCGCAGACAGUCAAAAUGUUUUGGCAGUAUUUAGAUAAUCGAUUAAGCAUUUCAAUUAUUUUUACAAGCAAAAAUGCCAGACAUGCGCUGUUUCCAGAUUCUAGAAUGUGAGAAUUUGCUGCUUUUCUUUGUCAUAAAUCAUUGUAAAUUUGAAAAUGUCAGCUUGAGACAUUUUAAUGGGAUAUUUUAUUUUUUUUAUUUUUUUUCAUUUGCUGAACUGAUUUAUCAAGAAAAAUAAUCAACAGAUUUAAUAAUACUGACAAUAAUUGUUAAUUGCAUCCCAUUGCAUCUUAAUAUUAAUGUGCACGCAGACCUGUGUGUACAGAAAAUCCUGUUCCGUUACUUAAAUUAUGCUUCGGCUUGUCAGCUUGAUUUCACAGUUGCUUAGCCUUGUCGAACCCCCGCGUCUCACACUCGCUGACUCCCAUUUACAUACACAGAUAUCUAAAACUUCACUGAGCGAGUCCAUUUCCUCCCAAUGCGUGUUAAUAGAUUUCUCUGACUUUCUGGGCAUUAAUCUCGUUCAGGAGGGAAUACUGGUCCUUCGGAUGUUCCUUUACUUACAGGGUACACAUUUGCACCAAACAUCCUGCUGAAUGUAUAUGCCACUGAAGCACUGCGGAGUAACUAUGGAAACAUAUAGGGUGCUAUAAGGCAGCAUGUGACUUGGCUGCACGUUGAGAUGAUAUAAUAAGCGUAGGUAGGGUCAGCACCUACUGUACUGUACAAUGAGAGGGGAGGCUUAUUUAAUAGAAAACCUGACCAAAAUAUCCAGAUUGUUGAAUGUUUAUGAGAUCAGUACUUGACAUUCCAGUAAGUAGCAUUGCCAGAGGUAUUGAGAAAGACUUCUUUAACUCCAAUGUUAAAAUGUUAAUGCGCAUGAUUUGGUUGUGUUUUUGUCACUAUCUUUAAUUAACUUUAAUCAAACUUAUUAAGUAUAAUAGUAAAGUAGUCAGUUAUGUUUGAGCGUAUGAUGUAGAAUAAUGGUGGUACAGAGGGUCUUGUUGCCACAGUAAUGGGGGUCAUGUCGGUCGUAUGAUUAUUAUAAAGACUUUACAGAGUUAAACACGAAGAGUUUUGUCUGCUUAAAAACUGAACAUAUUAUAUUAAUGUGAGAUUAUUGCUUUAAAGACCAAAUUAUAUUUUGGUAGUUAAAGUUAUAUUUGUUGUGUUCAAGAACUUUUAUUGAACAAAAUGCAUAUCUGCUGUUUAAGUUUAAGAUCCAGAACUAAUGCACUUUGUAUGAAAGGCAUACACAAUAUCAGAAACGUACUCCUGUAAUUCUUGUAAUCAGCAUCAUUUUUGUUGUAAGUACUCACCAGCUGUUGCCAUAUUAGUCAAUAAAUGUCUUACUAUUAAACAUGAAAACAUGCCAUUAAUCAGCUACUGUAAACUCAGACUAUUAGACUUACUUCAGAUGACACAGGCAGUGUCUCAUAGGAGCAUUCUCACUGACCCAGGACUCGUCAUAUUAAGACCAAAACCACAAAAAAUGUUCUUCUUCUUUUAAACCUCCUUAAAGAGGCUGCUCAACACGUUAAAACAACUUCACCUAAAUUCUCUUUGCUCAUCUUUCAAUGCUGUCCAUGGUUGACGGCAGCUUCCAUUGGCACAAUAUUACACUAUAACACUAUAAUAAGAGAGCUUAAUGCUGCACGUUAAAUACAAACUGGCAGUUUUGGGGUUAAAAUUAUAUCCAGUGUUCAUCCUGGACCAAGUUUUGUUUGUUUUGCCAGUAAGAAAAGGCAUUUUCUCUGCUUUCUCUUGUCAUCUUCAUACAUUUACUCUAUUUUGCUUCAAGAAUUAUGUAAUGAUCACACUAAACUGAAUUCCAGCUACUACAUUAAAGUGCUUUUAUAAAAGGAAAGUUGCUUAUAGCUGCACUAUAUACAUAUUUUUCUUUUGCCAAAAAAAGACACCUUACCUGCCGUUGCUUUGUGUGUGCAUGAAUGGAACAAUUAGUUCAAUCGAGGUAAUGGUGUGCGAAUGUCCUAUGCUUGCAUUAUAAAUAAUAGUAUCCUUAAAUGAUGGUUGCUUUGUCAAAGUCAACAAAACUCUAAAAGAUUAUCAGCACUGUGGACAAAUACUGCUUUUGUAUGUUGUACUCGUCAGUUUUGUGCAAUGCCUUACUGCAAAAUCCGAAUUCAAAAUAAACAUUUCAGCUCUUUUAUCACUGCUGAUCAGAUGUCUGUAAAAUUAUAUUAUUGUUCAGAAGAUUGAAUGUUUUUUUAAGUUUUCAUGCCAUUAAACAUUAUAGCACAAAG